AUGGCGCCGCAGACGGAGACCUCGCCCGCAUACCCGCAAGCGAUUGACCAAAACAGCGCUGAUAACCCGCAGGGACAAGCAGGUCCAACCUCAUCCUCACACGGCACCGAACCCCGCCAGGCAACCUUCAAGAAGCAAACACCCAUCAGGGCACCAGAACCUGUCAACGCCAAGGGGAGUUCCAGAAUCCAGGACCAAAGCACCAACUACCUACAAUAA